GCAUGCUCUUGGUGCACGUGUUCUUCAAGAUUGUAUUGAAAACCGUGAAGCAAUCGCAUAUGAAAUUAAAGAAAUCAUUGAUGAGCCUGCUCAUGCGGGGGGUGUUAAGGUUGAAAGCAUCUUAAUUCGUGACAUUGUAUUCUCUCCUGAAUUACAAGCUUCUCUUUCAUCUGCCGCGCAACAAAAGAGAAUUGGUGAAAGCAAAGUUAUUUUGGCGCAAGCUGAAGUUGACUCUGCUAAACUUAUGAGACAAGCCGCUGAGAUUUUGAACUCGCCUGCUGCCAUGCAAAUUCGUUAUCUUGAAACAAUGGCAUCAAUGUCAAAAGCUGCAGGAACUAAAGUUAUUUUCAUGCCAUCUAAUUCUACAUAUGACGGUUUGCCUGGUAGUGUAGUAGCAUCCGGUUCGUCUGGAAAGCUUGAUCCAAUUACUGC